GUUUAUUUCGGAGCAGUAUCGUUAACCCCAUGUAGACGAAAGGGUCGCAUUUCUCUUCAGACAACCAUUAACUGCAAUACAGGAAAAGUGUUCUUUGGCUUUUAAGGUUGAAAUCCCUUUUGAGAUAAAGGGUCAGCCAAGAUGGCUAUUAACUUGGGUGUUAAGGCUCUUCUCAGCUGGGUUAACAGUAUAAAACUGUCCGACCAAGAAAUAACUAUCGACGAUCUACAAGAUGGGACCAUCUUGCUGAAAGUUGUUUCUAUGCUGAAAAAGGAACCUAACUUCGAUUUCAGUAAUUCCAGUGAGGAUCGGUUCAAGCUCAUUGCAGACUUUGUGGAAAGGGAUUGCAGAUUUACUGCAAACAAAGGAGCUUCAUUGUCUUGGGACAACAUAAGAGAUGGCAUCAAUCUAACAGUAGAAAUUGCAAAGGUGCUUUUGUUGCUGGUAUACCAUGAUAUGAUGAAUGACCGCUGCACUCUAAACAUGUUGGAAUGCGAUGUGGAGCGAGAGAUAGCCAACCUAGCUGGCUCCUAUGUGAUGGAGAGCGAGGGCCAUGUUUAUCUCAGCAAUGGACUGGAUGCCUAUUUGGCAAAGAGAUGUUUGUCUGUCUCCCGUGAAAUAUUCAAGCAAUCGGCAAGCACCUCUACCUCCAAUGUGUCGACAAUCUCCUCACUCUCAGAUGACGAUUCUCCCGUCUUCCGCCGCACAAAGAAAAUCACAUUUGUUGACAUGCAAACUGUGGCAUCUUCCUCAGUCAGUGUGUCUCCUCUGCAGGAUAUCAUGAACACCCCUAAAUUUCAGAUGAGGAUGAUGCAGCGACAAAUGAUCAAGGAGAGAGACUACAGAGAUAACUUGGAGAGGGAGCUGGCCAGCAAGAUUGCUCUCAUUGCACAGAGAGAAACCCAUAUUAACCAGUUACAGUACCAUUUGGACAAGCUGAAAGAAGAUCGAGGUAAUCAGGAACAGGUUACCAGGGAACAAAUGAAUGAGCUUGAAACCAGGAACAACACGUUACAAAUGCGUCUUAAUGAGAUGUUAAAGCAAAAUAAAGACUUCAAGAGUAACUCCUCCCUUAUGGAGCGCAAAGUGGAUGAGCUGACAGAAGAAAAUGGUGAACUUUCUUCCCAGGUGAGAGCUGUGUGUUCACAGCUGGUCAUCUUUGAGGCAGAAGUUGGCAGGCUGACGGAAACCCACACAUCUGCUCAGGAGGAGUGGAGAAGCAAAACAGGUCAUCUAGAGUCUGAGCUCAGCCAAGCUACCGCUCAAAAGGAGUUACUGAGUGAACAAAUUCAGAUCCUCCAGGGAAAGAUUUCCUGUUUGGAGGAUGAAAUAGGCAGGGCGACUAAGCAAGAAGUCGGAGAGAAUAUGGGGCCUGUAAUGGAGAGAGAAAUGUUUGAGAGUGAAAUCAGCAGUUUGAAGAAUGAACUGGAGAGCACAGUUUGCUCCUUGAGAAAGACUGAGGUGGAGAUUCAGGCUAAAACACAGCAGCUGGCAGAGCAUCAGGAAGAAAUUGCACAACAGAAAGAGUUCCUGACGCAACAGAAGUCCCAAACUGAAGAAAUUAUUCAAGCAAAGGAUGAAAUUAUAGACAAGUUGCAAAAGGAGAUCACUGAGCAGAGAGCAGUCCUUCAACAAGAGAUCCAUGAUCUUAAGAUUCGACUUGAGCAAGUGGAGCAGCAGAAAACUGAGCAGAUGUCCAGACUACAACAGCAUGUUGCUGCUUGUGAACAAGAAGUUGAAAAUCUUAAGCAAAUUAAGAAAGAAAAACAAGACCUUCUGUACCAGACUGAAGAGAAGGUGAAAGAUCUUGAGAAUAAGUUAUCUGCUGCCAGUUCUCUCUUGGCUCAUAAAGACCAACAAAUUAACAGUCUCAGAGAAGAAGUUGACAUUCUCACAGAUGAAACCAAAAUUAAGAAAAAUGAAAUUCAAGCCAAAGAGGAAAUGCUUGCCAAAUUACUUCUGGAAAAAUCUAAUGAGCAAGAAAUGUUUCAUAAUAAAAUUGAGACUUUAACAAUCCAAGUGGAAGACCUCAGCUCAUCUGUCAAACAGACUGAGCAGGAGAUUCAACUUAAGCAAGACCUGCUGGCUAAAACCCAACAGGAGAAUAUCCAACAGAGGGAUGCGCUCCAGCAACAGAUUGUAGCCUAUGAAGAGGAGGUUCAGAAGUUAAACAAAGAGAUACUGGAGAAAAAUGAGCAGCUUGUUACUCUAAAGACUGUCACCUCUCUACAGUCUGAAUCACUGGAGAAAGAGAUUAAAGGUCUACGAGGCCAACUACAAAGUCUGAAUGACUCUCUCAGGAAGGCCGAGGAACAAGUUCAGGCUCAGCAAGUUAGGCUUACAAAGCAGGAGCAGGAAAGUGCUCAUCUGACAGAGCUCCUGCAGCAACAACUCUCUGCUUCUGAAGACAGCGUAAGGAGCAUGAAGGAGGAGAUCCAGACUAAAGAGGAACAGAUGAACAUGCUGAAAAAACAAAGUUCAGAGCAAUCAGACUUGCUCAAUCAAGAGAUUGAAAGUUUGAAGAGGCAGGUGGAGACGCUUGGCUCCUCACUCAGGAAUGCUGAGGAGAAUUUGCAAUCCAAGGAAAGUCUGUUUGCUGAACAGCAUCGACAGAGCACUCAGGAUAUGGAGGCACUCCAGAUAGCAAUGGUAGCAUCUCAAGAUGAGGUGAAGAGGCUAAAUUCAGAGAUUCAUGUGAGGGAGGAGCAGUUAACUCUGCUGAAGACUGAGACCUCUACACACUCGGAGUUGCUACAGCAGGAGAUUGAAAGUCUGAGACAACAAAUCAAAAGUAUGAACAAUUCUCUUGAGAUGGCAAAGGACCAGGUUCAAGCCAAAGAAGAUUUGAUGGCCAGGCAGGAGCAGGAGAGCACUUUGCAGAUUGAGGACCUUAGAAAGCGCAGUGCAGCUCUUGAGGAGGACGUAAAUCGGUUGAGGGAGGAGAUCCAAACUAAAGAGGGCGAAGUAAACAUGUUACAGGCUGAGAACUGCAAGAAGUCAGAAGUGCUGGAGAAUGAGAUCCAGACUCUAAGGGACCAAGUGCAAAAUAUGACCGAAUCGCUUAAGACUACAAUGGAGCAGGUUCAGGCUAAAGAAAGCCUACUGACUCAGAAGGAAAUGGAGAUUUCUCAGGGAAAUUCUCAAUUUCAAAACUUGACAACAACCUCUGAGAGGGAGAUAAGAGAGCUAAGGGAGCAGAUCCAGGCUAAAGAGGAACAGAUGGUCACACUAAAACAAGAGGGCUCCAUCCAUUCUGACAUGCUACAGCAAGAUAUCCAGCGUCUACAAAAUCAACUAGCCAUUACGGGCGACUCUCUCACAAAGGCUGAGGAGAAGGUUCAGACUCAACUAGUUAUGCUCACCAAACAGGAACAGGAGAGUGCUCAUCAGACAGAGCUCCUACAACAACAGCUGUCAGCUUCUGAGGAAGAGGUGAGGAAGAUGAAAGAGGAGAUCCAAGCUAAAGAGGAGCAGCUGAUAUUGCUCAAGACUGAUAGCUCAGAGCAGUCUGAACUCCUACAUCUAGAGAUCCAGGAUUUAAAGAAACAGGCUGAGUGUCUUGGCUCCUCACUCAGGAAUGCUGAGGAGAAUUUGCAAUCCAAGGAAAAUCUGUUUGCUGAACAACAUCGACAGAGCACUCAGGAUAUGGAGGCACUCCAGAUAGAGAUGGUAGCAUCUCAAGAUGAGGUGAAAAGGCUAAAUUCAGAGAUUCAUGUGAGGGAGGAGCAGUUAACUCUGCUGAAGACUGAGACCUCUACACACUCGGAGUUGCUACAGCAGGAGAUUGAAAGUCUGAGACAACAAAUCAAAAGUAUGAACAAUUCUCUUGAGAUGGCAAAGGACCAGGUUCAAGCCAAAGAAGAUUUGAUGGCCAGGCAGGAGCAGGAGAGCACUUUGCAGAUUGAGGACCUUAGAAAGCGCAGUGCAGCUCUUGAGGAGGACGUAAAUCGGUUGAGGGAGGAGAUCCAAACUAAAGAGGGCGAGGUAAACAUGUUACAGGCUGAGAACUGCAAGAAGUCAGAAGUGCUGGAGAAUGAGAUCCAGACUCUAAGGGACCAAGUGCAAAAUUUGACCGAAUCUCUUAAGACUACAAUGGAGCAGGUUCAGGCCAAAGAAAGCCUACUGACUCAGAAGGAAAUGGAGAUUUCUCAGGGAAAUUCUCAAUUUCAAAACUUGACAACAACCUCUGAGAGGGAGAUAAGAGAGCUAAGGGAGCAGAUCCAGGCUAAAGAGGAACAGAUGGUCACACUAAAACAAGAGGGCUCCAUCCAUUCUGACAUGCUACAGCAAGAUAUCCAACGUCUUCAAAACCAACUAGCUAAUAUGGGUGACUCUCUCACAAAGGCUGAGAAGAAGGUUCAGACUCAGCUGGUUAUGCUCACCAAACAGGAACAGGAGAGUGCUCAUCAGACAGAGCUCCUACAACAACAGCUGUCAGCUUCUGAGGACGAGGUGAGGAAGAUGAAAGAGGAGAUCCAAGCUAAAGAGGAGCAGCUGAUAUUGCUCAAGACUGAUAGCUCAGAGCAGUCAGAUUUGCUAACCCAAGAGAUUGAAAGUUUAAAGAGGCAGGUGGAGACUCUUGGCUGCUCACUGAGGAAUGCUGAGGAGGAUAUGCAAUCCAAGGAAGAUCUAUUGGUUCAACAACAACAAGAAAAUACUCACCAGAGGGAGGUACACCAAAGCCUACAGGAGAAAGUCAAACAAGUGGAAAUUCUGCAGAAACAGAUUUAUUCACAAGAAGAAGAGAUUCAGAAGUUAAAGGAAUCUCAUUGUGAGACAGAAUGCCUCCAUCUCAAGGCUGAGGAGAAGCUUCAGGUCCUCCAGACUCAGUUCUCUGCCAUCAGCAUACUCAUAGUUGAUAAAGACCAGAAUCUGAACACUCUCAGAGAGGAGGUCGCUGCCCAAGCUGCCUUGGUUCAAAAGGCAAAAGAGGAAGCUGAAGCCAGUGAGAAAAUGUUGGCUGAGAUAAAAGAGGAGAACUUGAAGCAGAUAGACCUCCUCCAGCAGCAGCUUUUGUCAGUAAAUGCAGACACGCUAGCUGCACAGGAGUUGCAGGUUGACACUUUAAGGGAAAAGGAGGCUCUUGUUCAUGAAAAAGAGGCACUGAUGGCCAAGAUACUCCAAGCGGAAAAGAAUCAGACAGAUCUAGAGAAACAACUUGAAGCCAUGUUUUUUGAGAAAGAGAGACUUACUCAAGCCAAGCAGGCCAUAGAGAGAGAGAACAUAGCCUCCCAUAAACUGGAAUCUGUGCUACAGCGGGAGCUGGAUAUAUUGAAAAUGGAGAAGGAGAGACUCUUGAAAGAGAGAGAAGAAACUGUGGUUCUAAAGGGAGAUCUGCAGGAACAGCUCUCAGCUAAAUCAGAGGCUGCAGAACACUACAAGACACAGAUGGAGAAGGCAGUGAGUCAUUACAAUGGCAAGAAGCAGCUGCUCCAGGAAAGCCAAGAGGAGGUGGCUAAACUCAAGCAUUCCUUAGAAGUCUCAGAGCAUGAAGUAGUACGUGUUACCACGGACAACAAGAUGCUUCAACUGGAUUUGGAUAAGGCCAAAACCAAUGAGAAGAAACUUGUGAGCAUGGUGGCCAGUUUGGAGGCACAGCUGGCCUUUGCUGACCAAAGCCUGCGGUUACAGAAUAAGAUUCACGGUAAUGAAAGAGGUGCAACAGAGUCUUGUUACUUGGAGGUUCCCAACGCACACUCAAGUGUUCACACUAUAGCACAAGUGAAGAGGACCAUGAGCUCUGACAGCCUUGACCAGAGCUCUCUGGAAGACUCCCUGAACACCACAAGGAAACUUUCAGCCCCUGAUGAAUCAAGCACACCACUUGUUCGCAGUUCAGAGCGCUUGGCAGCCAAACGCCGGGGUCUACAUGCCGAGUCACUGGAAACCCUUUACUUCACACCUAUAAACAACAGGACCAACAAAGAGCACAAAAUGGAACUGGAUUCAGCCCGGAAAAAUCCAUCCUCAUCUGUCAAACGACGCAGGACCACGCAGGUUAUUAACAUCACCAUGACCAAGAAAACCCCAGGCGGUGGUGAAGGUGAUGAGACUUUCUACAGUCUGGCCUCAGCUCGCUCCCAUCCAAACCUCUCCAGCGCUCACUCUGCACGACCCGUGUCUGUGGAACUGUUUGAUACACCUGCGAGAAUGACUGGCGCUGCCAACGACCAGCUUGCCGGUCUUCCAGGGUACAGACGGAGCACCAUCCAUUCACAGCCCACUAAUACAUUCUGCGUGGGGGCAGAGAACGAGCCAGACGGUGCCCCUGAAGACUGGAUGAGGAUUGCUGAGCUCCAGGCCAGGAACAAGGCCUGCCUUCCUCAUCUAAAGAGCAGCUACCCUGUGGAGUCUGAUACUGGCCGUGGCAGUGCAUUCUUUUUCACAGACGAAGAGCUCCGUAUGGGUGACCCAUCUGACACAAUCCGUCGGGUGUCCAUGAUGCCUGGCCAGCUGCAAGACUCUCUUUCCUCCCAUCGGCUCUCCAUCAUGAUGGGACACUCAGGUGCUGCAGCCAGUACUCAUUCUCAUCGCCUGUCCUUGAUGCCAGGCCAGCUGCCAUCAAAAAUUGUCAGCGCCUCUCAGCUGAGAAGCCCGAAAGGCACGAAGCGGACCUCAUCUACAGCAUCCAUACAUCAGACUUCGCCUGAGAAAAAAAUGAAGGCCAGCUGCUUCCCUCGUCCACUCACUCCCAAAAACAAGAACGUGAUCAGUGGACCUUCCGCUGCUCAGCUUCACCCUGCCCUCAGUCCAGCUGAGAGGAGGCAGUCCAUGAUGUUCUCGAUUGACAACACACCUAAAAACAGCAACUACCUAAAGAAAGGGCUGAACAAACUACGCAGUUCCGCCCGGAAAUCUCCAGGCAAAAGUUCAAAGAAGUCCCCCGCUCAGACAUCUGCGCGCAGGUGCCAGGAAAAUAUGCCUACGGGAAAUUCUCGUGCUGGAGUGGGACGAGCAGGUAUCAUCAGCAGCUUUAAAUCAUCCCAGGUGUCGACGAAAGCACAAAAGCAGUCUCCACGAUCCACCAGCAGGACUGCAAAGUCUCCUGGACUGAUGGCUAGUGCUCGCAAGACGAGCAGGAUGAAGAUGUGAUGAAAUUGGAGUUACUUUGGAGUCUACUUGAUCAUAAUUUCUUUUUCCUCACAAAUGUAAUUAAAAUGUAUUGUUUUCCUUCAACUUUUUACAGUCUCUUAUGAAUAAACCUUUCUUUUUCUUUUCUUUGUAUUAUAUUAAAUUUUUUUUUAAUAAAAAGGUUC